AUGAGUCCUGGAGUAGGCACUGUGUCAGUGCUUUUGGGCGCUCAAUGGGGUGACGAAGGCAAGGGAAAGGUGAUCGACUACCUCAUCGAAAAUAAUGAUGUACAAGUGACAGCGCGCUGUCAAGGAGGCAACAACGCUGGACACACGGUCGUUGCAAAUGGAAAGAAAUAUGACUUUCAUAUUUUGCCUAGUGGAAUUAUUAGUCCGAAAUGCUUUAACAUAAUAGGAAAUGGAGUUGUCGUGAACCUGGAUGCUUUCUUCUCUGAGCUGGAUCAUAAUGGCGUGACAGAUGAGCCAGGAUGGGAAAAGAGGAUCAUGAUAUCGGCUGAAGCUCAUCUCGUGUUUGGAGUCCACGCACAGCAAAAAUCGGUACAACGAAUCGAAGGUAUAGGCGUCCACAUAUUCUUCGAAUGUUUCCGUAAUGGCAUACGAGUUGCGGACCUUUUGGGUGAUUUUGAAGCAUUUUCAGAGAGCUACUGCCGGCUUGUGGAUCAUUAUCGAAAACAGUUUCCAACGAUCGAUAUAGAUACGGAGGCAGAACUGGCACGAUUCAAGGAGCAUCGUGAGAAGCUGAUCUCAUUGAACUUGGUUGGCGACACUGUUGGAUUUAUUCAUAAUAUGCGGAACAAAGGCCGCUCAAUCUUGAUUGAAGGUGCCAACGGUGCUCUCUUGGAUAUUGAUUUCGGAUAUCAAACGCGAGUAGGUACUGUCUUUUCCACGGAACUGAAGGACGAAACUGGAGAUCUUCUGCAGUCCAUUGGAAAGGAGGUCGGAGUCACCACUGGGAGAAGAAGGAGAUGUGGAUGGCUCGAUUUGUUUUUGUUACGCCGCAGCGCUCAGAUCAACGGCUACACAGCGAUCGCUCUGACCAAGUUGGACAUUUUGGACACGUUCAAGGAAAUAAAAGCCGCUCGGUAUAGUUCCGGAAUGCGAACUCUCAGUGCAUCUCCUGCUCAAGCAGCCGCAUGGGAUCGCGUUGAAGUUGAAUACAAAGUGUUCCCUGGAUGGGAAUCGCCGACAGUUGGCGUACGAACAUGGGAAGAUCUCCCAGAGAAAUGUCGCGAAUACGUGCUCUUCAUCGAAAGCUUUAUUCAGGUCCCAAUCAGGUGGAUAGGAGUUGGUCCCGAUCGUGAAUCCCUGAUAGUUCGUGAAUAG